UCACCAACAUGUUGAAAGUAACUUGCUAAGAGAAGACACCAAUGGUUUAUGUUUGAGACAACGUUAGCUUAUGUGUAAAGACACACAGACAGACACACAGUCGUCUGUUUUGUAGACCAGGACACGGAUAUCGUCUUCGCAGUACAGAAUGAGGAAGGGAAUUUUGGAGCGCCUGAAUGCAGGUGAGGUGGUGAUAGGCGACGGGGGCUAUGUGAUGCAAUUGGAGAGGCGAGGCUAUGUGAAGGCUCCUCACUUCACCCCUGAAGCUGCCGUUGAGCAUCCAGAAGCGGUGCGGCAGCUCCACAGGGAGUUCCAGAGGGCUGGCGCCGAUGUUCUUCAGACGCUAACCUUCUAUUCCAGUGACGAAAAACUGAAGAUCAGCGGCAACGUCACCGACAUCACCGGAACACAGAUCAAUGAGGCAGCCUGCGACCUGGCCAGGGAGAUCGCCAACGAGUCCGAUGCAUUGGUGGCCGCGGGGGUGUCCCAGACGCCCGUCUACCCGGUGAAUCGCAACCAGGCUGAGGUCAAAGCCAUCAUCCAGAAGCAGCUAGACGUCUUCAAAAGGAAAGACAUCGACUUCUACAUGGUGGAGUUCUUCAAGCACGUGGAAGAGGCCGUGUGGGCGGUGGAGGUGAUGAAGGCCGGGGGAAAACCGGUGGGGGCGACCCUCUGCAUCUCCCCCCAGGGAGACAAGGACGGGACCCCACCCGGAGAGUGUGCGGUCAGGCUGGUCAGAGCCGGGGCCGACAUGGUUGGGAUCAACUGCCACCUGGACCCCCUGACGUGUGUCCGUACGGUGAAGCUCAUGAAGGAGGGACUGGAGAAGGCCGGACUCAAAGCCCACCUGAUGGUCCAGCCGCUGGGCUUCCACACUCCCGAGUGCAACCACAGCGGCUACACCACCCUGGCCGAGUAUCCCUUCGCCAUGGAGGCCCGAGCUAUGACGCGGUGGGACAUGCAGAAGUAUGCCAGGGAGGCGUACAACGCUGGAAUCCGCUACAUCGGCGGCUGCUGUGGCUUCGAGCCCUAUCACAUCAGGGCCAUCGCCGAGGAGAUGUCCCCCGAGAGAGGCGUCCUACCGGCGGCGUCCGACAAACAUGGGCUCUGGGGCGCCGGCCUGGCAACUUACGGCACAUCCUUCAUGACUGAGAGGGCUUGCCGUGAAUAUUGGGAAAAUCUUCUGCCGGCUUCAGGGCGACCGAAUUGUCCCUCCAUGUCCAGACCAGCACUGAAAUAGCCAGUGAGCAGCAACCGGCACUGCUUCAUGCUCCUAAAGUAUUCCCACUUUCUUGUGAAUAAACUGCUCUGAUCGGUAGCUUUGGUAAUAAUCCGGAUGCAUAAGGCCCUACAGCUGCUGAUCAGAGAGCAGCCCUACCUUUACGUACUCCCACUCAUUAUUUCUACCUGGUGCUGUAAUUAGACUCAAAGCUGAUGACUGUAAAAACUGGUUUAUUUUAUCACACACACACAAACACACACACAUACAUACACACUCAAACACACAAAGUGUGGGACCUAUCUUCCAACUGUUAUGUUGUGCACCACAAUAAAGGAGUUGCAUUAAAAAUG